GCCUCUUCACUUGUCAAGCGUACGUUUCUUAUACCUUCGUCGGUCUGUCUUCAUCGACGUUAAGAGGAGUUGUUCGCCGAUCCAUCAACCAUCCUCAAUAUGUCGCUGAAUAAUUACUUCGUCCCCGGUUAUGGCAUCUCACGAACGGUGAUACAAGGCGAGAUCCGAUACUUCUGCGGGCCAGACGCGAUCGUUCGCCCUUACGUUCAUCAGGGUCGAGAUGGAUUCCUCGUCACUACGGCAGGUGCACCAUUAACCAAGGAACAAAUUGAAGACUUGAAGAUUGCGUCCCACCAAUACGAGCAACGGCAGGCAGAACGAAACGGCGACGAAUGGUAUGUCAACCGGCCGGUUCCAGUUGCGCAAAAGUCAAGGAAUAAUUGAAGUCAAAUGGAGUCAAAUUGAGGUCUCGAUUUUUGUUCCAUGUCCCACUAGGGCACGACAAAGGUUUUCAGAGCCAAUACGUACGAGGACAGUGAUCACGAAGAACACUGUCAACGAG